UUGAAUAAUAGUGAAACCCCAUCUUCUUAAAUUGAAAUUAAAAUAUCAGCAUGAACUAUAAUCGUUGGCUGCUUAAUAAGACUGCAUUUCCUAAGUCUGCUCACCGUAAAGAACUUGAAGUACUGACAGCCCUGUUGAUAUAAGCAACCCUGGUGCCCAGAAAGUGGCCUCUAAAUUUCGUUUUCCUUCUAAAAAGAACCAGAGAUUCUUGGAGAAAUGGUUGUUUCUGAAUGUGGGGCAGAAAACGUACAGGAUAAAUCUGGGAUAUCUUUUGCCAGAAAGCCGAGAGGAGUUCAAAGUCUAAUGAGUCAUGUCAAAAGAAUAUAGGAAGAGGCAACGCAGGACACCGCUGGCAGGGGUGGGUGGGGGGAACCUGCUGCUGGGAGAUGCAGCGGCUGCCGCGCGGCUGACUGCGACGCGGGAAGUCCCGGAGCCACGCAGGGUGGUUCUUAAUCUUCUUACUGGAGUCCUUUAUAAAAGGAUGAAAUUCAGAGAGGAAGACACAGAAACUGAGAGAGAAAGCCAUGGAAGCCAGAAGCUGUAAACAAUGAAACCUGGAAAAGAAGGGAGAGAUCAGCAUUUGCCACUCAGUGCCUUGCAAUCAGACAGAGGAGUCUAGGAUCGCCAGCAACCUGUCUUCAGGAAGAAGAUGAAAAAACUGAAUUUGAGAGAACUUGACUUGCCCAAGUUUGCAAAGCUGAUAGUUCUGCCCCAGAAACAACAAGUAUGAAUACUGCAGACAACGGUGUGAACUGCCUAUGUGCUAUAUGUGGGGACAGAGCAACAGGAAAGCACUACGGGGCAUCGAGCUGCGAUGGGUGCAAGGGCUUCUUCAGACGCAGCAUACGCAAGAGUCACGUUUAUUCCUGCAGGUUCAGUCGUCAAUGUGUUGUUGACAAGGACAAAAGGAAUCAAUGUAGAUAUUGUCGAUUAAGAAAAUGUUUUAGAGCAGGAAUGGAAAAAGAAGCUGUGCAAAAUGAACGCGAUAGAAUAAGCACCAGAAGAAGCACGUUUGAUGGCAGCAAUAUUCCUUCCAUUAACAUGCUGGCACAGGCCGAAGCUCUGUCUCGCCAGAUCCCUGUCUCAAGCCCUGGGGCAAGUACUGACAUAAAUGUGAAGAAAAUUGCAAGUAUUGCUGAUGUCUGUGAAUCUAUGAAACAGCAACUCUUAGUCUUGGUGGAAUGGGCUAAAUAUAUCCCUGCCUUCUGUGAGUUACCAUUGGAUGAUCAGGUGACACUGUUGAGAGCUCAUGCAGGGGAACACUUAUUGCUUGGAGCUACCAAGCGAUCCAUGGUGUAUAAAGAUAUUUUGCUUUUGGGAAACAACUACGUUAUCCACCGCAACAGCUGUGAAGUAGAGAUCAGUCGUGUGGCCAAUCGGAUUCUAGAUGAGCUGGUCAGACCAUUUCAAGAAAUUCAGAUUGAUGACAAUGAAUACGCUUGUUUGAAGGCAAUUGUAUUUUUCGACCCAGAUGCAAAAGGACUCAGUGACCCAGUAAAAAUUAAGAACAUGCGAUUCCAAGUUCAGAUUGGUUUGGAGGACUACAUCAAAGACAGGCAGUACGACUCCCGGGGGAGAUUUGGGGAGCUGCUUCUGCUUCUGCCCACCCUGCAGAGCAUCACCUGGCAGAUGAUUGAACAAAUACAGUUUGUUAAACUUUUUGGGAUGGUUAAAAUUGACAGCCUACUUCAGGAGAUGCUACUGGGUGGUGCUUCCAACGAUGCUGGCCAUCUCCAUCAUCCAAUGCACCCACAUUUGUCUCAAGAUCCAUUAACUGGACAGACUAUCCUUAUAAGUUCCAUGUCAACACUGGUUCAUACAGACCAGAUCUCAACUCCUGAAACCCCACUCCCUUCCCCACCGCAAGGCUCUGGGCAAGAACAUUACAAAAUAACUGCAAAUCAAGCCUCCGUCAUUUCACACCAGUCUCUCGCCAAACAAAAGCAAUUGUGAGAGUACAUGUUUGUUUACUUCUGAACGGCACUGCAUAAAUGUGAAAAGUUGCUGGCCUUGAAAUAUCUCAGGAUAGUACUUUUGGCAAACUCUUACCCAAGGCUUCUUCAUGGUGCUGUUAUAAGAGGUUAUCCCAUUCUCUUGUUGAUAUGUUCAUUUGUUCUUUUUGUCAUUGUUAUUGUUUAAACCCUUCAUAUGCAACCAAUGUAUAUGAGUUUGGAUAUGUUUAUAUGGUGUAUUUUUCCGCACUGCCUUGCACUGUGUCUGAAUGAAUUGAAUGUUAUGUACUAUUUUCAUUUGUUGUCUUAAUAUUAAUUUAAGUCUGUAAAUAAUUGCUUUAUCAUAAUGUGUUGCAGAAUGAAGUGUCCUUCUUAGACUGAGAAUUGUAAAUCAGAAAUCCAGGUUAUUCUAAAAUGAACCAAGUUUUUACAAAUUAUAAACCUGCUGAUUAGAAAAAUAAAGCAGUUGUUAUAGAAUAGGGUGUACUUCUUUGAAAAGAGAAUUACUUAUAUGAGCUUUCUGUGACCAAGAAGCACCUCUUUGGCCCACAGUUAAAUAUGCCUAUCUUAAAUUUGGAAAAGUAUAGUCAUUCUAAAGAUAACCAGAUGCUUUUGGAGAUCUGACUGAAUUCAAGGAAGAAUGCUAGGAUCUUAAUAUGCUUUACCAGUUGGGAUACAGGCUCAACUACAGCAACAAAGAAACCCCUGAAACAGUGGCUUAAACAGGAAAGAUGUUUAUUUCUUUCUCCUGAAACAAUCCAUAAGUAGGCAUCCACCAAGUAGACUUUAACACAAGCUCAUAUCUAGCUCUCAGGGAGGCUGGGAGAGGGAAAAGCCUUUGCCAGCUACAACUGCACAAAUCUGGGAGAACUGAUACUGGGAGACAAUUAAUCACCUCCCACACAUGUGUUGCCUUGUUUAAUUUUUACAACAACCCUAUAAGGGAGGUAUCUCUAACUCUUUUUUAAAAAUAAAGAGACCAAAGCUUAGAGGGUUUAAAUAAUUUAACCAAAGUUCACAAACCUAAAGGGUGGGUUAGCCACAUUUGAGCCCAGGUCUGGUUGAUAUUAACCAGAAUCGAUCUUGGUGCAUUGGAAUAAAAAUCUUGAGCUUAUCACUGUGAUUUUUAAAUAUAUGUAAUUGAGUAAUUAUUGAAUACUAUAUCUGUCAUGCUACUUGUAAAAUCCAUUUGUCCACUUUUCACAAGCAUCUCCUCCCCUAAAAUUUUUAAACAAAAUAAUAGAAAAACAACAACCACAACAACAAAAAUCCACUGGAUAGGUUAUGAUGAAAAUAAAAACAAAAUCAAAUCAGUGACUUAGCAAAUUUUCAAAAACCCAAGAAUAUACUUUAAUUUAAUUCCAUACUGAGGGGAGGCCAGGAGUUGUACCUAUGUGAUAUCAUCUGCAAUUGGAACUUAUUUUAAAACAGUUAAUGAUGAGUUGCCACAUGAAGCAGUAACUUCUCUCUCUUUCCUCACUAUAAUGGCUGAACAGGAAAAUACCAACUAAUUAUCAACAAUAUAAAAAGAAAUAACACAAGCUUUCAUUUAGAGAUUAAAUUAAACUAUUUUUUUCUGGACUUUGCAAAAUUUCUAAGAUUGUGAUUGCAUAACCCUCACUUAUCCUACAAAUAAACAAGUUCUGUUAAUGUUAACUGACUUACUAGGUUUUAAAAUCAAAUUGAAUUUUCAGAGUGGAAAAAUAAUUACUUACAAGCUAUCGUUGAUUUAAUAGAAUCAAUAAAAUUCCUUCUAAGUUGGUAUCCUUGUAAAACUGUAAAAUUUUUCUUUGAAACAGAGACAGAGCAGGAGAAAGAGAGAGACAGACAAAAAGAGAGAGAAGGAAAGUAUUUUUUAACCCUUAUUUAAAAAAAAAAAAAUCACUGUGGUAUCCAUUUUAUGAAUAAUAUUUUUGAUGUUUAUAAAUUCAAAUGUCUUUUGUAGGUCUCUGUUUACUUUUAUGUGUUGUUCCCUUAGAAGACACGAAAAAAUAUCCAUAAAGUAUAAAACAUAAAAUUCAUUUUUAGUACACCCUGUAAUUUAACCACAUAAUUUACUAACUAGCUAUAU